AGAGCGGAUUGUGGGGUGACCGCCACUAUGGGUCCGGAGCUGGGCUCCCCUCUACUGGACAGUGGUAGUCACUGCCACCCGGCGGACUGGAGCUAUAGGGACAAGUGUCUGAUGCUGCACACCAUCACACAGCGCUUCUUGGAGGAAGACACAAACCCAUCACUUGUCUUGCAGGAUAUUCUACUUGAUUUCCCCAUAGGAGACUACAAUGAGGUCUACCUUGAAGAUUGCAAGUACCCAUCAGAUGACAUGAAGGUUGAAAUUGUUUCAGAAGAGAUUGAAGAUAUUCAUCAAAGCCAAAUUAAAGAAGAGAGUGAUGAAGGCCAAUCUGAGGUACUAAUACAUGUAAACUGUGCAUACUGGACUGAUUUGUUUAGUAUUGAGAUAAAUGCAGAUAUAUAUUGCUGUAACUAUGGCAAGGUUUUCCCUAGACAGAAUCACUGCUGUCGCUUCAAAGGUUCUUUCGAUACAAAAACUAUCCACAUCAAUAAUCUUGAAAUCAACAUCCUGCUUGACAAAUAUAACACUUCCUCCACCUAG